UUUCAACGUUCAAGAUGAUCUAUUGCGCAAGGCCAGUGGUGAAUCGCCUACCUCCACUUAAGAUCGGGGACUUCUACUCCUGGCUGGGAUCAGCCCCUGCAGUCUCAACCCAAGCCCAAGAUGAUGCACAUCUGACGAAGAGCUCUCGUCUCCUCAGCCUCGUUGACUUGACUCUCCACUCAUUCGAAAUCGGAUCUUCUCCGCCCUACAUCGCAUCUCCCAUGUUUGGGCCGAAAAGGUGUCUGUCGAUCGGGCUCAUUUUGAUUCCUCUCUAGGCGGCCGAGCAGUGAGGAAAAGCCUUGUCUGUGAGGUUCCCAGCAGUGAAUUAUUGCUGGGUGGACAACUUCUGCAUCCUUCAAGAUAAUGAGAGCGACAAGUUCGAGCAAAUCCCUCUCAUGGCAGAUGCCUAUCGAAAUGCGGACGAAGUCUUGAUCAUACAUGCUUGUGAGCUUGGCCUCACUCAAGAUAAACUCGACGAAGCGACAUCGGAAGUGGAAGAAGCUCUGGAGCUGUAUAGACUCGGUAUUCCGUUUUAUGAUGAGCGAUGUCGACCCUGGAGAGACGGUGAAAGAUACACGAGAAUCGUGAGAGCGAUGGAACCCCUCGCCCGCUUCGCCAAGUCAGACUGGUGCACUCGCGUAUGGACUUUGCAAGAAUUCAAAUUCGCUCGUACAAUCGUUUGGAUUGGGGCUAAUUCGAUACCUCUCACCUGCGAGGAGAUCUUGUUUGGGGCCAUUCCACCCAUGUGUGAGUGGUGGAGGUUGAAUAAACUUGUACGUUCUCCAGAGGUCGAUCGGCUCUACACCUUAUUUGUUUGCAUGGCCGCCAUGCGAAUCCCUUGUUACGAACCCACCGGCGUGAUGGUGAGCGCUGCGAGACGCAUUCAUCAAUUCCCGUUGACGAGUUAUAUGGCGCCAUGGCUGCCUCUGGGGUUCAAAUAACUCCUCUGCCGGAUGAAACUAUAGAGGAAGCAUGGUCGAGAUGGUGCGAGGCGGCAAUUUCUAGC